GAACGCGAACAUGAUCACCUGCCUCCGACGCGACGUCUUCGCCGACCUGCGCAGCCUCAACCUCCUGUCGCUGUAUGACAACAACAUCAAGACGAUCCAGGAAGGAACUUUCUCGGCUCUUCCUGCAAUACAAACCUUACACCUGGGGCGCAACCCGUUCGUAUGCGACUGCUCCCUGCAGUGGUUGUCGGAAUACUUGGAGCGCAACCCCAUCGAGACGUCGGGCGCGCGCUGUAACCUACCGCGCGCCCUCAAGCGCAGGAAGCUCACCGCCCUCGCCGGACAGACGCUCAAAUGCACUGACGAGACCGUAGCGCAGUAUGCAGGCGCAUGCGUCGCUGCCGAGGAGUGUCCUCGUGGUUGUUCCUGCCGCGGUACGACAGUUGACUGUACCGCUGGUGGCCUCACGGCGCUGCCUGACGCACUGCCGCCCUACACCACUGAUCUCCUGUUAUCGGACAACGAGUUAGGCGAGGCGGCCGCCACAGACGCGGUACGACAACUGGCGCGGCUACGGCGGCUGGUGAUGACCAACAACCAACUGCGCUCCCUCACUCAAGACCUCUUCUCAGGCCUCACUACCCUCGAGGAACUAGAUUUGUCGGACAACCAGCUGACCAUCCUCACUGGGGACGAAUUCAAAGACCUGCCCCAACUGACCACGCUAAUGCUGACCAACAACCGUCUCACGUGCAUCUCCCCUGGCGCCUUUUCGUCUCUGCCUUCCCUUCAGCACGUAGGGCUAGAGGGCAACCCGCUGGUCUGCAACUGCCAUUUGGGUUGGUUGGCUGAGUGGCUGCGGCUACACAGCCAGCAACAGCCGACCACCUCCGUACCAGCGUGCAACGCUCCGCAACAUCUGCGCAACAAACCAAUCACCGAAAUACCGCGCUCUGCAUUCUCCUGCCGCGCGGGCGAGUCGUCGGAGUGUCUGGGCAGCGGGGGGCAGCUGUGCCCCGAGAAGUGCUCCUGUGAAGGCACCGUCGUGCGCUGCUCCAGGGCGCGUCUCACCGCCAUCCCCUUGGGCCUUCCCGCACACACCACCGAGCUCUACCUGGACGUCAACGAGAUCACGGAGAUCAACGCUGACCGCCUGUCCCACCUCAAGGCCCUGACACGACUGGACCUGAGCAACAACCAGAUCGCAGUGCUGCAGAACAACACCUUCUCCAGGCUCUCCCAACUCUCGACACUCAUCGUAAGCUUCAACAAGCUGCAAUGCAUGCAGCGCGACUCCCUCGCCGGCCUCACCAAGCUCAGGAUUUUAUCCCUUCACGGUAACGACAUCUCGCGUAUUCCGGAGGGCACCUUCCGCAACUUGGAGUUCAUAACACACAUCGCGUUAGGGGCGAACCCUCUGUACUGCGACUGCGAGCUGUCGUGGUUGUCAGACUGGGUUAAAGUUGACUUCGUCGAGCCCGGCAUCGCGAGAUGUGCUGAACCUGCGCCCAUGAGGGACAAGCUGGUGCUCACCACCGCCACUGAGGCCUUCGUCUGCACGCCCAGAGUCCCCAAUGAGGUGCUGGCGAAGUGUGAUCUGUGCUACACGCAGCCGUGCGAGAACGGCGCCACGUGUCACAGCCUCGCGAACCGCAGCUACGAAUGCGUGUGUCCGCCUGCGUAUCACGGCACUAAUUGCGAGUACAAGAUCGACGCCUGCUAUGGGAACCCCUGUGAGAACCAGGGCACCUGUAAGGUCGUCGAAACAGGCAGAUUCAGCUGUCACUGUCCGCCCGGGUUCCGAGGCAUCAGAUGUGAAGAGAACAUCGACGACUGCACGGAGCACAAGUGCGAGAACAACGGCCAGUGCGUGGACAUGGUGCUGCGCUACCGCUGCCAGUGUCCUCCGGGAUACACAGGUGAAUAUUGCGAGAGGAAAAUCGACUUCUGCAGUCGUGAGUUCAACCCGUGCAAGAACGGGGGCUCGUGUGUUGACCACGUAACGUACUACGAGUGUCAAUGUCCGCUGGGAUUCACCGGUGACAACUGCACCAUCGACAUCAAUGACUGUGAAAAUAACUUAUGCCAGAACGGAGCAACCUGCAUCGACGGCGCCAAUGAAUACACAUGCAAAUGUGUCGGGGAUUUUUCUGGCAAGUUCUGUGAGGCGGGACCCGCCGUGUACCAACAGACGUCGCCGUGUCAGCAGAAUGACUGCCAAAACGGCAUCUGCUUCGUGCCGCCAAACUCGCAGGACUACGUGUGCAAAUGUUCGCCUGGGUUCUCUGGGAAGCACUGCGAGUACCUAACGCGUGUCAGGUUCACGCUCGAGAAUUCCUUCAUUGCUCUGGAUUCCCUGAAGACUAAGCCAUCGUCCAACGUGACUCUGCAUUUCCGCACUACCGAAGAGGACGGGAUAAUUCUUUACGUUGGAGACUCGGCGCAUCUCGCCGUCGAGCUCUUCAGGGGCCGGGUCAGAGUUUCCUACGACGUUGGCAAUCAUCCCAUCUCGAACAUGUUCAGCUACGAGAUCGUAAGCGACGGCCGCUGGCACCGCGUGGAGCUGCUGACGCACAAGCAGAACUUCACGCUCAAGGUGGACGCUGGCAAGCCGCGCUCCAUCAUCAACGACGGCUCCAAGGAAUACCUGGAGACGGACUCCCUCCUCUACCUCGGCGGUCUACCUCGCGAGAUCGCCCGCAGUGCCGUCAAAAUGUGGCAUCUCCGCGACACCGACAGCUUCAUGGGUUGCAUGGAGCGCGUGUACAUCGGAGGGCGACUGGCAGACCUGAGUGCCGGCAAGCAGCACCAGGUGAACCCAGGCUGCGGUGGAGAGGAGGAGGUGCGCGACCAGGGCGCCUACCACCUCGCCCAGGCCGCCAGCCUUGCCUCCGAGGCUUCCAAGGGCGGGGCCCUCCAUUCCGGCCCCCUCAUCGCCACUGGCUUCAACUCCAGCAGUGUCACGCUGUUCAACAAAGACUCGCAGAUGCAAGUUCAUCCUCCAGCUCGAGACGUAAGCUUCCCGCGUGUCGAGGACGACGCGACGUCGGCGUCUGAUCCCUGCGAGGGCCACAAGUGCAAGCGCGGCCGCUGCAAGCCCAAGAAGAAGCAUCCGGACCAAUACAAGUGCCGCUGCCGCAAGGGCUGGUCGGGCAAAUACUGCGAUAAAGUUGCGUCGACAGGUCCGUCAUGUCGGAAGGAGCAGUUCACGGAGUAUUACGUGGAGCACAGCUGCAGGUCUCGCAAGCCCAUCAAGAACGCUAUUUGCAGUGGCACCUGCAACCAGGAUUGCUGCAAGCCCCGACGCACCAAACUACGCAAAGUUCGGCUUAUCUGCAAUGACGGCACAUCGUACACCAAGGAGAUCGAGGUCGUCAGAAAAUGCCAGUGCACGCGACGUUGCUACUGACCGUUCAUGUCCCAGCCCGUCUACUCCCUCCAUGUGUGAAAGGCGUGUAAUGUACCUAUCAUCGUCUGCAGUGUGUUCCUUCAUUUUUGUCCUUGUGAAAGUUGUGUUAUUAACCCGUCAUGUUGUCAACAAACCCGAAAACCCUCCUCAUUAAGAGGAAAGUAUUUACUUUCGUUGUUUGUAUGUAACGUAUGGUGUGACAGGAAGCAUUCGGCAGCCGAACUUUUUUCAUUGCGGGAGUAAAUGGUUUGAAACGUCGUAAUCGAAUAUAUUUGUGAAACAUAAGCAAGCUAUGUGCAUUGUUCAGGCUUUGGUCACAAGGCUUGAGAGGCACAAAGUCUGCUUUGCUCCAGCGCGUCGUGGCAUGAGACGAGGAGGUUGGCACUAACCAGCUGACCAAAUCCCGCUUCAUUGCACUAUAAAGAAUUCGACUCGUAUUAAACUGUCUUGUGUUGCCUAGUACCGUAUAACAUGCUAGGUGCUGGAGUCUAAUUGUCUCUGAUGGUUUUACGCGUUAAUCUUAUAACCUUGUACUCUAGUUCUUGUAGCCGCGAUGUUCACUGUUGUCUGGCGUGUGACCGCCUUGUUCUCUGUCGCCACAUACAGAACAGUGGCCAUUUUUAUCACUAGACUAAACACUGACGAAAUAUUCUACUUUUAUCGAUCGAUACGAUAUACUGCGAGAAUUACUCAAUAUAUGUUUUAAUUCCUACCCGCUCAAUCUUCGACACCCGCAUCUACAUUAACUAACCUCUGAUGCCGAUCUUCAUAUUUUCUCAUCCUAGUCAAUGCAUAUUCUGCUCGUCAAAUUUUGAACUAAUUUGCCGAACUAAAAUCAUUAUUUUACUUGAGGUGUUCA